GAAGAAGAGGGAAGUUCAUAAAAAACGAACUGGAACGCAGGGCAAGUACUCUGCAGCUGCUGUUCCAUUAGCUGUCCGAACUACGAAGGACACAAGUCUGAACUUGGCGUACUUGGUAUUGAGAAACGACCAGUGUCUUCAAAAACAACAAAUAAACCGCAUCCCCCUUUAAGAUGACGCUACUUCCGGUUUUAUGCAGUUUGUGUUUACGGUGCUAUUCUGCUCUUGAGAAGUCAUGCGGAUAAUGCUCUGAUCAUAAAUACCCGUGCUAUCAAAAACAACAACGUUUGUACCACAUCCUGAUUUCGGUUGACAUGAGUCAUAUAUAGGAUUUUAAAUAAUUUAUCCUGAUUCCAGCAGAAUGAUGAAGAGUCAUCAUGGAUCUGAAGAACACCGUUUUUGCACUGAACGUCAGGAUCAACUGGCCACAUGACCGAUCACAUUUUUUUAAAGCCUGUUGUGGUUAUGCGAUUUCGUGAACCUGACUGCUCAGAAAUCUGCUGAGAGAGACAAGAAGGUAACGCAAGCAUAUUGAUAUCCUGCAUCUAAAUCCUUUUGCCGUGAGGCAAACCCAAGCGAAAAAGGAGCAAAUAUGCAUUGCCGAAGUCAGCUUGAAAGGGACUGCAGCUGGUAGAAGAUAUCAGGAAAAGGGUGUAUGUAAUGCUUUUGCCAUGGAUGACUUUACUACACGCACCUAUGGCACCAGUGGUAUGGAUAACAGGCCUUUAUUUGGCGAGACAUCAGCCAGGGAUAGAAUCAUCAAUUUAGUAAUCGGUGGACUAACAUCUUUACUCGUUCUUGUGACCAUUAUUAGCUCAUUUGUCUUCCCUUCGCUGCCUCCCAAGCCAUUAAAUAUUUUCUUUGCCACCUGUAUCAUAUUAGUCUGCGGGUCAGUGUUGGUUUUGAUAUACUGGUAUAGACAGGGAGAUUUGGAACCCAAGUUUCGCAACCUAAUCUACUAUAUGCUGUGCUCCAUCGUUCUGUUGUGCAUUUGUGCCAACUUGUACUUUCAUGACGUGGGCCGUGACAAACAGAGCAAUGCCUUAUAAAACUGUUACCAUGGGAACCAUCCCAUUUACAGGAAUGUUCAUUCAUUAUGUGGGAUCCUCGCAUAUCCUCACAUGAGUUUUUGAAUCAGGAGAAUUCAUUUCCUACAAGCCCUUUUUUUGGGCUGGGCCAAUCUGCCGUUUGGGAGCCAUGUCAGUGGACUAAACAAAUUAUAGAUGCAAUUAUGUUAAUGAUCAGUAGCACUCUGGGAUGUCAUGCACACUUUUUGUACUCUAAAUGCUGUAUACAGCUUACAGAUAUAUAUGCCAAUGUGAUUACAAGAUCUAUUGAAAUAAGCCAAGGAAGUGUAACACAUAUUGUUUAUAUAUUUGUUUGUGGCACACCUGUCGAACAUUCCUGAUUGAGAUAUUUCCUUAUUUUGUAUUUAAAUUAUUAGAAAAGCAAUCAGUGCACUUGAUUAAAGGCAUAAAGUCAUUGUAAAUGACUGUUCCUUUUUUUUUUUUGAUAUAGUAGAAGACCUUAAAAUUAAGGUCAUCUGAAAUUUAUAAUUUGUAUUUUAUGUAAUGAAUAAAUACAUAAUCACAAUGCUUUCAUGUUGUUUGCAUUAAUUAUGCUACACAGCUAUGAUAUUUUUAUCUUUAUUUAUCUGUGUGUCGUUGUUGUCUCUGUCCACUGGAAGCUGUGACACAAAAACAAAUCCCUGAUAUGUGCAAACAUAACU